AAAACUGAGCUGAGGCUCGGUGAUUCUCGUCCCACCGUUAAAGAUGACGACGGCGACGACUGCGUCACUGUUGGAGACUUCUCUUUUCCGGUGCGACUCGUCUUCUUCUUCUUUCAAAUUCAAACUUCCAGCGAAAACGCGACUGCUCCCUCCGGUGACCGGGAAACAUGUUGUGAGAACGUUAAGAGCUUGGCGUAUUCGUUGCGUCUCCGAUGAUCCUGGUUGGCGUCCUGAUUUGGUUUCCAGUAGAAGAAAAAUGGUUGUAAUGUUGUCCACAGUGCAGCUUCUGUCUCAUUUGGUUCCGCCAUAUGGCAAGGCAGCUGACAUUUAUCCAGUGAUGCAAAACGAAAUAAGGAAAGUCGUGACAAAGGGUAAGGCUGCUGGUGUGCUUCGUCUAGUGUUUCAUGAUGCUGGAACCUUUGAGCUGGAAGAUAAUUCAGGUGGCAUCAACGGGUCUAUUGCAUAUGAACUUGAGAGACCUGAAAACACUGGUUUGAAGAAAUCCUUAAAGGUUCUAGCAAAAGCAAAGAUUAAGGUUGAUGAGAUACAACCAGUGUCUUGGGCAGAUAUGAUCUCUGUCGCUGGAUCAGAAGCAGUUUCAAUAUGUGGCGGCCCAAUAAUUCCAGUACUUUUGGGAAGACUUGAUUCAACGCAACCUGAUCCAGAAGGCAAGCUACCUCCAGAAACCCUGAGUGCCUCUGGUUUAAAAGAAUGCUUCAAAAGAAAAGGAUUUUCGACUCAGGAGCUUGUUGCUUUAUCUGGGGCACAUACGAUAGGGAGUAAAGGCUUUGGGGAUCCGACAGUUUUUGACAAUGCAUACUACAAAAUCCUUCUUGAAAAACCAUGGACAUCAGCUUCCAAAAUGACGAGCAUGGUCGGCCUCCCUUCGGAUCAUGCCUUAGUGGACGAUGAUGAGUGUUUAAGAUGGGUGAAACGAUAUGCGGAAGACCAAGACAAGUUCUUCGAAGACUUCACCAAUGCUUAUAAAAAACUAGUGAAUUCUGGGGCUAAAUGGAAUAAGUUAUGAUGUGUAGUAGUAAUAUCUUUUGUUAGCUCAUAAGUGUUUCAAACAUGCCUGAAUAAUUUGGGUGAUAAUAAUGCUUAUUUGCUAGUAAGGUAAAAGUUUCUCUGCUUACUA